AUUGUGAGAUUACUCUUGCAAUGUGGCGCAGAUCCUAAUAGCAUCGUUGCAAGUGAUCCUCACACAGCACUCUUAGCGGCUAUACAUGAGGGUAACUUGGGGCUAGUAAAGCUACUAAUGGCAGCUGGAGCUGAUGCAAACUCCAACCUUAGAUUCGGCGUUAAGCAUACUCCUUUACAACUUGCAGUCAAGAAAGGGAGGUUAGAUAUCGUGAAUAUACUCUUGGACAGUGGUGCCGACAUCAACAUGCCGCCGUUCGGCCGUUACGGCGCAACUGCACUUCAAUUCGCUGCUAUAGGUGGAUAUAUCGGAAUAGCGCAGCUCCUUAUACAACGAGGAGCAGACGUUAAUGCUCCGUCAGCAAGAAUUGGCGGUAGAACUGCGCUUGAAGGUGCAGCGGAGCAUGGCCGUAUCGACAUGCUGCAACUUCUUCUGAGUGCCGGUGCACAGAUUACCGGAACCGGCAUCGGGCAAUAUAACAGGGCGCGGGAGUUAGCGCUAGAAAAUCGCCAUCGUGCAGCUUUCAGGCUUCUUGAAAAGUAUAGUGCGGGCAUGUGGGAGAAUCUUGUCGC